CUCCUCCCGAUCGGUGUCCCCUCGAACGAGGACUUCUUCUUCGACACGGACGAAGAAAAGAACAGCGACGCGCUCGCUGCCUCCCUCCCUCCCGAUGGCGUCCUCCUCGUCCACGACCUCUUUGGCGGCGGCCCUUGGAGCACCACCAUCCGACAAGCUCUCGCGGGAGAAUCAUCUCCUGUGGAAGGCGCAAGUGCUGCCCGCCUUGCGAGGAGCGCAGGUCAUGGGGCUGCUUGACGGCUCCGACCCGGCGCCUCCAAAAACUCUGGAGGUUGAAGAUGAGGCCCAGAAGAAGAUCACCAUCCCCAAUCCAGCCUAUGGCGUUUGGAUUUCGCGGGAUCAGCAGGUCGUAAGUUACCUGCUCAAAACUUUGUCCCCUGAUAUACUCGCCGAUGUUCUUGGUUUCGAGCAUGCCGCAGAGAUAUGGAAGACCCUCGGAGACAUGUUCUCCGCACAAUCCCAGGCUCGUGUCGGGAUGCUUCGUGCCGGCCUCACCAACACCAAGAACCCUCACUGCUGGCGUGUACAUCACCAAGAUGAAGGGAUUCUCCUCGGAGCUUGCUGCUGCGGGGAGAGUCAUCUCCGACGUCGAACUCAAGGAGUACAUCCUCGCCGGUUUGGGAUCGGACUACAACGCCAUCGUCGCCGCCGUCAACGCCAACCCCUCCACCACCUCCGCUGAUGUGUGCAAUCAGCUCAUGGCCUACGACUAUCACCAAACCAUGCUCUCCGAGUCCGAGCAGCCCUCUGGCACCUUCACCUCAUCGGCAAACGCUGCGGCUCGCGGCCGUGGCACGCGCCCCGGGCAUGGAGGUGGUUACCGCCACGUCUCCUAUGGUGGCGGCCACAACAACUAUGGUGGUGGCCGCAACCAGCAGCGUGGUCACCCUCCACGUCGCCACGACACUCAGGAUGGUGGUCGCCGUCCGUCACCCAGGGGGGUCGCGGCCGUGGUCGUGGCUACCGCAAGCCCUCGCCAUAUCAAGACGUCCAAUGCCAAAUUUGCAAGAAAGACGGGCACCCCGCAUCCGAGUGCUGGUGGCGCUAUGGUGAUAAUGAUGAUGAUGAUGACACCCACACCGACAACAAAGGUGCGCACAUGGCUUCAUAUGGUGUUGACACAAAUUGGUACAUGGAUACAGGCGCCACAAAUCACUUGACUAGUGAAUUGAGCAAGCUCUCUACUCAUGAACCAUACAAGGGACAUGAUCAAGUCUACAAUGCUAGUGGUCAAGGAUCGGGCCACGAAGCACAUCGUCUUUAAAGAACCAUGUCAUGAUGGCUUAUAUCCUCUCAUGCCUAUCUCCGCGGGGUCUCCCAAGCAAGCCUUCGUCACCAUCAAGCCAUCCUCCUCUACAUGGCAUCGCCGACUAGGACAUCCAUCUUCGUUUGUUGUUCAACAAAUUCUUCGUCGUAAUAAUCUUCCUCAUUCACAUGAAAUAAAUCCUUAUGUUUGUGAUCCAUGCCAACAGGCCAAAAGUCAUCAAUUGCCUUAUCCCACCUCCACUAGUAUUUCUACCGUUCCAUUGGAACAAAUUUUCUCCGAUGUAUGGGGACCGGCACCUACCAAUGUUGGAAAAC